AUGUGGGUGAACAAGAUAAAAUUGACUGUAGGGUAUCACACAAAGGGGGCCACGUUGUAUAGAAUCAUGUAUGCAAAGAGAAGCUUACACAGCGAAGUGGAGAAGUUUGAAAAGGUGUCUAGCAAGCUCAUCCAGUGUAUUGAAAAAUAUAAAAAGGAGAAAGAAAUUUGUAUAUCGUCUUAUAAAAAUUACAAAGAGCAAAUCAAGGAGUGUGCACGUUCAUUAUUUACGGAUGACAUUUUGUCUAACUUAAAAAAAAAAGAUUUCAAAAUUAUUUUUACAUAUAUCAUUUUACUCUCAAGGAGGGUUACCCUGAAAAAGGAGGUUUUAAAAAUGGUGGUGUUGUCCUAUAUGCAGCUAUUCAACAGGGACGAGAAAAAGGAAGGAAGGAGAGAAGAUACAAAUCAACGUAAUGAUGUAGAUACACCACUACUACUAGUAGUUAAGUACCUCAUCUACCUAAACCUGGAACACGACAAAAUUAUAUAUAAUUAUAUUUACUCCGAAUUAAAUAAUCUUAUAGAGGAGUACACCCUGGAGGAAUUGGUAGAAACGGUCAACUUGAUCUCAUCCUUUAAGAAUAAAAAAUGGAUAAAUCAAAAGGUAUUUUCUAGAUGCAUAAAUGAGAUUGUUAAAAGAAGCAACCAAAUGGAAAUGGAAGAUAACAUGUCUAAUUAUUUAGUUACUAUUAUAAAAUCAUGUUCUCGCCUCAACUGCGAAAUUGCAGACAUUCAUAUGUUGCUAGAAAUGGUGCGAGAAAAUUAUGAAAAGAAAGAAAAGAAAAAUGUGCACACACUAAUUAAAGUAAUAUAUAACCUAUUUCUUUGUAACUACCAGAACUACCGAAAUAUGAACAAGCUUAUUGAUUUACUAAAAUAUGAACUUAUGGGUAUUAAAAAAGAGGAGGAUUACCCUACAUAUAAAAAAUACAACUACAAUAAUAAUAUCGUCCUUGAUAUAAACUGCGACUUGGAAGGCCAAGCCAGUACAAACAACUCCUCCAAUGUUGCCAUCUGCAACGACAAUAUUAAGAAUAUCCACCAGAUUUAUUUCAACAAGAAGGAAAAUUUACACAUGUAUGCGGGCCCAUCUACGCCAAUCCCUUCAGUCAGUUUGUAUCGCCUCAAAUUCCUUGAUCUCCUCAUCCGAUCCGACAACUUCCUAUACAACAGCGUCUACAGCCCGAACUCGCACUUUUUCGAUUUUUUGAAGCACCUCCGAGUGGAAGGGAAAGACCCACGGGACACCAUUUUUACAAAGCAGGCCACGUUUUUUGUGAAGGAGAACGGGUUCAAACUAGCACGUAAACUCGUCCACAUCUACUCCAUCACUCAUCUGCCGGAGUUCCAAAACGUGUACAUCGAAUUUGUCCACAACAGGAACAUCAACAAGAACAUGAAGGACAACCCUCACAAGUUCCAUCGACACCAUUUAACCUACAGGAUUCGGAACCUGAAGUUUUUAGGAUGGAACCCCAUCCUGCUAUAUGAAUAUGAGUGGAAGAAGCUUAGAAAUUAUGAUGAAAAACUGCAGUACAUAAAAAAAGCGUUUAAAAGCGUAAGGAGCCAUACACAAGGGGGAUAA